UAAAUCACUAUUUCCGUGGGUGGAGUAAAACCUCUCGCUUUGCUUCUUCCUCGCUGAUCGGACACCCAGCGACAAUUCAAAGUUUAAUAGCAAUUCGGACUUGUUUUUACUAUCAAGGGGGUUGUUUUAUCGAAAACAUUUUAAUUAAUUAGGGAAAAGAGAGCAGCGUUGUCAUGGCGAAGAGGAUUGCUGAUAAAGAACUGACUGACCGGAACUGGGACCAGGAGGAUGAUGGAGAGGAGGCAGGGAUGUUUUCCAUCGCUAGUGACGAUGUGAUGAAGAGCAGGCCCAUCAAGAAGGCCAAGCGUCGUGCUGCUGGUUCAGAGGGGCAGAGUGGAGGAGCGUUCAAAGUGUUUAAAGGUUUCUCCCUGGCCCCUACGUCUGGACCCGGGCCAGCUGCUGGGGGGGUCGCGACCUUCUCCGGGUUCGGUAACGGGGUAGGGUUCAAACCCCUGUCUGGACUGUCCAAUGGGAACAGCGUCAAACCCGUCACUCCAGCCUUCACGGGGUUCACCUCGCCUACUGCCACCAAGACCACCGCCACACCAGGUUCAUUAACAUUCAGCGGUCCCUCCUCCAGUGCUGUCAUCGCGGGGCAGCGGUCUAAUGGUUCGUCCCCCGUGGUUUCCAGUCAGUCUCUCAUCUCCAGCUCCCCUCUCUCCUCUAACAGCGGUAACACCCGGGAAUACAGCAGGCAGCUCACAGCUCUCAACUGCUCCGUCAGGGACUGGAUCACCAAGCACGUCAACGGAAACCCUCUCUGUGACCUGAACCCCAUCUUCAGAGACUAUGAAAAGCACCUGGCCAGCAUCGAUAAGAAAUACGGAGGGAGUGGAGGGAGUGGAGCUGUGACGGGAGCUGCUGUGGCGGUGGCGGACGGGAGCUCAGAGAGCCGUAGCGAUGCGGGGGGAUCAGAGGAGAAGCGGGCAGCACCACCACCGCCGCCACCCUCCUCCUCUGGUACCGCUGGCUCGACAGCCACGGCGCCGCUGUUCUCCUUCAGUAAGGACAAGGACCCGGUGGAAAGCUCAGCCGUCGCUCCCUCUCCGAUCCCCGCUGGCAUCAGCUUUAACUUGGACCAGAAGCGGAGCAGCUCAGCGUUGGGGUCUCUGAGCUCCGGAGGAGCUCCCAGUGUCUUCUCCACCUCUCUGUUCGGAGGUGCUGCACCUCCUGCCUUCUCCUUCAGUGGGGCCAAAGCUGAGGCUGCCCCCACCCAGACAACAGAUGAAAACGGGGAGGAAUCGGACGAACCGCCCAAAGUGGAAGUCCAGGAGAUCAAGGAGACUGACGCCUUUUACUCCAAGAAGUGUAAACUCUUCUAUAAGAAGGAGACGGAGUUCAAGGAGAAAGGAGUCGGAACGCUGCAUCUGAAAACGACGUCGGACGGAAAGACACAGCUGUUAGUCCGCGCCGAUACCAACCUGGGUAACAUCCUGUUGAACAUCAUGGUCCAGCCUUCCAUACCCUGUUCCAGAAUGGGGAAGAACAACGUGAUGGUGAUUUGUGUUCCUAACCCUGUGGUGGACCACAACAACCCUACCAACCCUGUCGCCAUGCUCAUCAGGGUCAAAACAGCAGAGGAUGCUGACGAACUGCACAACAUACUGGAGGAGAAGAAAGCUUAGAUAACUAACCCCUGGUCCCUGGAGGGCGAUACAGGCUGACCCCAGUCCAGCCUUCUGCCUAUCAACUAACCCCUGGUCCCUGGAGGGCGAUACAGGCUGACCC